AACCUUGAUUAUUAGGACCAGUUACUGGCACAUGUCCUCCAUUGGGGAUACAGCCAUAGGGAAAGGAAGGAAGGGAACUCUCAUCUCUUACCUAAUAUCAUUUCGUGGUGCAAAUUGUCAUAUGUAUAGGUCCGGUGUCUUUUUUGGUGCUUCGAUCUUUUGGCAGUCUCGCGAAACAGUUAUUCGUUGGUGUAACUGUCACUGUUGGAGGUUAUAUUUAUAGGGGCACUUCUCGAGAGUGUACCAUUUGAUAUGUAAAAUAAUGUAAUCGCAGAGAAGUAACGAGACGGAGUAGGAUUGGGACGAAAUGAAAUUUAACGAAAAGGAACUUGCUGAAGCCAGCAGCGGGCCCGCGGAGCUAGAAGGUCGUCUCAACCACAAGCGGGCCCAUAAAUCAGGAUUCAAAGAAAGAUGGUUCAAGCUGAAGGGCAACCUUUUAUUUUAUUUCAAUACAAAUGAAUUUGGACAAAUUGACAAGAGGCAACCAACAGGUGUAAUUAUUCUUGAGAAUUGUAAUGUUAAUGUAGACACAUCCGAUGGAGUAUUUGCUUUUAGCAUAACGUUUAGAGAUGAGCAUGAAAAGCGACAUGUAUUAAGUGUUCGAACAGAAUCUCAAGUGGAACAAUGGGUCACUGCACUUAGACAAGCUAGUUACGAGUAUUGGCGGUCCAAAUUAAUAGUGCUUCAAGAACGGUUAUGUAAAAAAACUGGUAAGGAUCCAUUGCUAAUGUAUCCAAGAAACCAGGGUGUUGUGAGAGAUGAAGCUUGGGAAGCAACGCCAACCUUUCGAUCUCACGUGCGUUCCUUUAAGUCAUCGGUUGUGCCGUCAUCCACGUUGAAUACAAUAACUAGAGAAGUCAAUUUAAUCGAAUUUUCAUAACUGUAUUAGCGAAAUUGGUUAAUUAACAUAUUCCUAUUAUCAACAUUAGGAUAACAAUAUUGAAGAAUAUUUUUUUACCUUAGCCUAUUGGUUUGAAACAUCGAAAGUGCAUUAUAAUAAUUGAAAUUAAUGUGUGUCGUGGAACAUUCACAAAAGGCAUCCUACCAGUAUCAAAACAAUAUUUAUAGCUGCCAAAAAUAUAUAUAAUCUAUCAAUGAUUACCUAAGCCUAGUAUAAUUGUAUAGCUGCGUAAGCCAAGAAUUGUAAAUUUACAAUUUAUGGAAUGAAUUGUGUGUUUAGCUUAAUUUCUAAAAGAAAAUGUUUGAGAAUGAAUGGUGAGUUUACAACGAAGAGCUUUAUUACUUUGUACAAAUAUCAAAUCUAGUGACCAUCUUCACUAGCUCCCGCUUUUAGCUCCCAAGUAUUCAUAUACCAAAUACUCUCUGCUUUAUUUAUUAUAACAACGCGAAUCUGUAUGCUAAAGACAAGAAUGGGCGGAAAAAAAGCAAAACCGUUAAAUAAAAUUAUUUUUCUAGUGA